ACGCUGUUGGAUGCCAUUUGGAUGGCACGGAUCAACUCAGCCAAGUUCUUCACUGGCCAAUCCCUCUGUCCGUCCACCACACCACCGUAGACACACACGCCGCCGCCGCCGCCGCCGCCGCAGCGGCAGCACUCAACGGUUGCCCCGCCGCCGUCGCGGCGCCAUGCUCCACCUCUGGAAGCGCGUCCUCUCUCCUUCCACCUCCCAACUCCUCUCCCUCCACCGCCUCCUCUCCGCCGCUUCCACCAACCCUAGCUUCGCCGUGGAGGAGUACCUCGUCGCCACCUGCGGCCUCACCCGACCACAGGCCCUCAAGGCCUCCGCCAAGCUCUCCCACCUCAAGUCCCCCUCCAACCCCGACGCCGUCAUCGCCUUCCUCGCCGGCCUCGGCCUCUCCGGCGCCGAUGUCGCGGCCGUCGUCGCCAAGGACCCGCGGUUCCUCUGCGCCGGCGUGGAGAGAACUCUGGCCCCUGUCGUCGCGGGGCUCACCGGCCUCGGCCUGUCAGAUGCCGAGAUUGCGCGCCUCGUCUCGCUCGCCCCCGGCUACUUGCGCCACAGAUCCGUCGUCUCCAAGCUAGAGUACUACCUGCCACUCUUCGGCUCCAUCGACAACUUGCUCCGGUCGCUCAAGUACGGCUCCGGCUUCCUCGGCUCCCACCUCGAGAGUGCGGUCAAGCCCAAAGUCAGUAUCCUAGCAGAGUGCGGUCUAGGUGCUUGUGAUAUUGCCAAGCUCUUCAUCCGUGCGCCGAGGAUACUUUGUGCCAGCGCAGAGCGUGUCUUGUGGAUGGUCGCCUGCGCCGAACGUAUAGGUGUGCCCCGUGAAUCUGGGAUGUUCAGGCAAGCGCUGCACGCUGUCUCAUACUUCAGCGAAGACAAGAUCACUGCCAAAGUGGACUACUUGAAGAGGACACUUGGGUGGUCUGAUGCCGACGUUGGCAUUGCUUUGUCCAAGGCUCCGGUGCUGCUGACAAGGUCACAUGAUGUGCUGGAGCGUGUGUCAGAGUUCCUUAUCUCUGAGGUGGGGUUGGACCCAGCCUACAUUGCUCAUCGCCCCGUUAUGCUCGCUUACAGCCUGGAGGGCCGGCUCAGGCCCCGCUACUAUGUUGUGAGAUUUCUCAAGGAAAAUGGAUUGCUAGAGCACGGGCGGAGCUACUAUACAACACUGGUUAAGACUGAGAAGGUUUUCAUGGAAAAGUUCAUAUGCCCUCACAAGGAAGCCGCACCAUACCUUGCUGAAGACUACGCGUCUGCUUGCAAAGGGGAAGUGCCGGCUAGAUUCAGAUUUACAUGAAUCAAGAAUGGGCUAUGAGAAUUGGUAAACUUUGUAAGGUGCAACAAAGUUUUCAAUUUGUUGAAAGCUGGUAAUUCCUGUUUCA